AUGAGCAGUAUAGAAAUUUCAUCGUCGUCAAACACAAUUAAUUCUUCAAAACUUAAACAAUUACUCAAAUUCAAAUCAAAUAAAUAUAGUGUUAUAAAAAAAGAGUCGUCAACACCAUUAACAGGUUGGUGGGAAGUCUUUGGUUAUCCAGAAAAAUUAGAUGAACAUGGUGUAUUUCAAAGAAUCUCAGGAUAUGUUA